ACCGGCCGCAACAGUUAACUACGAAACUCGAUCGCGCUCAGUACAUUUUAGCCGUUGCCGUCUAACUCAUCUGCAAAUAUACGCUCCUGAAAGGCAUAUCACACAUACAUAUAUAUAUAUAUAAAUAAGUACAUAUAUGCACAUUGAUAUCGGGUAUCCGAAAAAUUGAAAAGCUGAGCAUGUGAUAAAACUUAAAGAACUUUUUACUUUUGAUGUUAUAACGUUUAUAUUUUCAAGUUACCAAAGUGUGUACGCGUUUUACAUUAGAUAUUCGUACUUUUCACCAUAUUUUUUGAAAAGUUCUUCGUAACGGUAUAUUUAGAAUGAGUGAAAACAAUGUUGAUUCAGCUGCAACAUCCAAGACAGCAUCAACUCCACCCGUGACACCGCCUCCAACUCCUAUACCGAAGGAAUUUAAGGCGCCACAAUUUCCAGAUGACAGCCUAAUACUUUAUUUUCAUCCAUAUAAUUUCCAUUCCCAAAAAGUUAUUCUGGUACUUUACGAAAAGAAUAUCGACUUUGUGCCAUAUGCCAUCGACUUGGCAAAUGGCGAGCAAUAUUCAACGUGGUUCCUUAAUCUAAAUCCCAAGGCAGACGUACCUGUUCUGCAAGAUGGCGCUUUUAUCAUACCAGAUUCGAAUCACAUCAUUAGUUAUGUGGAAAAUAAGUUUAGGGGAGCUAUGCAUAGUGCCCUAAAACCGCGCGGUAACAAUGAGGACGAAUACAAAAAAAUGGAGUUUUUCGAGACCAUAACUAGUGGAUUGCCUGUAGGUGCGCUUAGUUUGGGUUCUUUCAUUCAUGAUGAUCUAAAAUUAGCACCGAAACCGCCAUUUAUUGGACCAAUACGCAAAUCAUGCUUGAAGAAUAAUGAGAAAGUUUACGAAAUAUUAAAAAGAUCCAUUGAUGAUGCAGAGACUAAUAAAAUUAAUCUAUUGCGCAAACUAGAUUUGCAAGAUAGACGCAAAAGGCUGGUCCAAUCUCGUGUGGAAUUUCAGAAAAUCCUUGACGCAGUCGAAAAUGUUUUGCGUUAUAUCGACAAUGAUUUUAAGGAAAAUCCUGGACGUGAAUGGCUUAUUUCAAACGAAUAUUCCUUAGCUGAUGUGAGUUUCGGUUUAUUACUGCAUAGGCUAUAUCAGUUGGGUUUCGAAAAUUACUACUGGUCGUAUGGUAAAAUGCCAUACGUCGAAAGUUAUUUUCUGCGUUUCAGAAAACGUACAGCCUAUCAAAAGCUAAUGCCUAGCAAUUUUAAAAUACUAAAAGAUAUUUGGCAGAACACACCUUCGAAUUAUAAGAUCGGUGCCGGUGCCGGAUUUCUGGAUUUGAGGGCUAUGUGCAAUUUAAGACCAUCAGUAUUCAACCACCAUGGAAUCCGAUAAUACGUAUAGCAACAGCUGCUUCUUCUACAUGGCAAAUGCAACAACUUUAAAUUUAUAACAGGCGUCGGUAAUAGAGGAAUUUCGUGUAUUGCGGUAUAGGUAUUUGUUUUUAGAGAGUUGUAUCAAAUGUACGAACUUUAUUGUAACUUAUUAUUUAUCAUUCAAGAAAAGUGAAACUUUAGUUACAAAAUAUUUUUGAAUGCAAUACAUAUAUACAAAUAAAAAAGUUAUUGCAAAAAAUUUCAAAAUAUCCCAAGAAGUACCUACUUCAAAAAUAGGAGGAUAACGAUAACGCAGCUGUAAUCACUUAUUUCAUGUUGUCUUAAGUUCAUUUUCGGAUUUCUUCUAUUUUUGGCAUCUAGAAUAUAAUGGGUGUUCAAUGCAAUAUUAACAGUUUUUUUACUAAAUCAAUUUUUUAACAAAUAAAGUUGAUUUCUUUCAGUAAAAAAAGAACUUAAAAAUACGGGAUCACAUGUUUUGUGCGACCUAAAGGAAAACAACUGGAUUUACUUCAUUUCUAUAUUAUAACCCUGUUUUUGCCUUUUUUAAAUCGUCACAUGUUAAGGCAAUAACAAGCGCUGUAGAAUUGCUAGAAUUGAAGAUAAGCGACUAUAUCACAUUACAUUCAUAUACCACAAUACCCGAAGUUCCUCUAGACUCUGCAUCAGGGGUAGUAUACAAUUAGUCAUAACUGGAAUCGACUAUUACAAAAGCAUAUCGUCCAUGUUUUUGCAAAACCGUCCAUCGACCAGUUGCAAAACCGCCUAAAUCGCCGUUGUGGCAAAAAUGAGAUUUGAUAACCUUGAACUCCACAAUGAGAUUUAUGCCUAAAAAUCACAAAAUCAUUAUUAAAAAAUACCGCCUCUUAAGGCAAUGCC